AUGCGAAAGGGGGACUUGAUUUUCAUUGUGACUAGUCAGAAUUAUUUUUGGUCCACCGGUGUAUAGCAAAAUUGUUUCUGCUUCCUUUCACUCCUUGCCUUUCCAUUCCACCGGUUGCAAGUCACGUUUUCCCAUGCAAAAGCAAAACUAGGGAAGAGAAAGAGAGAGAGAGAACAGAAAUGGAGGAGAGAGAGUGGAGCGAGUACGAGCGACGAGUGGUGGAGACGGUGAAAUGGUGCGAAGACCGGAACGAGAGCCCUCUGGUUUGGGCCAUGGAGGUCGGCAAAUUGGCCGACCGAGUUCCGAGCCCCGCGUUAGGUCAGGUCUUGGUCUCCCAUCUCUGUUUCCUCAACAAUCGCCCUUCUCUCUGGAAGUUUCUCGAACAAUCUCUCUCUUCCGGCCUUCUCUCUCCUUUCCAUGUCCUCUCUCUCCUCUCCGCCAGGAUAAUUCCUCAUCGACGUUCUCAACCGGAGGCCUAUAAUCUGUAUCUAGAGCUUCUAAGCAGAUACGGCCUUUCUUUUGAUCCACUGCCACCACAUGCUUCCAAAGAAAAGAUAAUAAAAUCUGUUGAUCUUUCCCUUCGGCUUUCUCAGACGUAUGAUGUUCCUACCUUGGAGCUUGGGCAUGCGUAUGUGUUGUUCUUUUUCAGUGUUGUCAUAGGUUUGAUUGAUAGCAUAUUAGAUGAUUGGGGAUUACAGAAGUCGUCUUUGGAUGUAUCAAGUUUAGCAUUUGUAAGUACUGAUUGCGACGAUAUGGACAUAGAUCCCAGAGAAAGUCAUAAUAUGGGAAGAAAAGAAUAUCGUGGUGAGAUGGGAAGCAAGAAUACUUUGAAGGCCUUGGACGUGCUGGGAAAACUACUAGAAAGCAGAAAAGCUGUGCUUCUACUUCGUCUUGUUCACUUCAAUAUGCCAGAAAAGUUCAAUGGCCUCCUACGUAGGCUAGAGCUUCUUAAAGCCCAUAGGUUGGCAUCCUCGGAUUUGAAACCUGCAAUGCAAUUAUUGGAAAUAUUUUCUGCCAACAUCCUAAGAGUUGUCGGUUGUGAACUCCAUUUAGACAAGCGCCAGAUUAUUGGAAUGCUUGUUGCUAAUGGAUCAUGUAAACCAGUUUCUCUCAGCAAUUAUGAAUCUGGUCGUUCUUCCUGCUGGGUUGCUUUGGAUGUUUACAUGGAAAACACAAUUGAUGGAAAGCAACUUCCUAUAAAAUCAGCUAUUGAUGUGCUUGCAGAUGUAACUGUAACACUCCAAAUACUUAACCAGGCAACAUGGCAAGAAACCUUCCUUGCUCUCUGGUUUUCAGCCCUUAGGCUUGUUCAACGAGAACGCGAUCCUCUUGAAGGCCCGGUUCCCCACCUUGAGGCACGCCUUUGUGUCCUUUUGUCUAUCGUCCCUUUGGCCAUUUCUAAGGUUCUGGAGGAUGAGACCCAAUUGUAUCCCUCCUCUCACCCGUCAACUAUUGUGUCUGGAUAUGAAACUGAUCAUGGUCAUGGUAUGAGUGGGAAGACUCGUGUUCCAAGGAAGCAUGGAUUAAUUUCCUCCCUCCAUGUUCUUGGACAGUUUCCUGCCCUCUUAUGUCCUCCUCCAUCAGUUGUUGGUGCGGCUAAUGUUGCUGUUACAAAAGCUGCUCGAUUUGUACAUAAUUCCAGAAACGAAAAGGAUCGUGUAGAUUAUGGAAGCAAUGGUCAGGGAUUUAUAAAUUCUGGUGGAAACAUGAGACACCUUAUCGUGGAGGCUUGCAUUGCAAGAAAUUUUAUAGACACAUCAGCGUAUUUUUGGCCUGGUUAUGUGCCUGCAUCAGCAAUCUCGCCGUCAGAAGCAUCACCAGUUCAAGAGUCUCCUUGGUCAAAAUUUAUAGAAGGAGCACCUUUGAGUGGAAACUUAAUUAGUUCCCUUGUUUCAACUCCUGCUUCAAGUUUAGCAGAGAUAGAGAAGUUGUAUCAUAUUGCACUACAUGGAUCAGAGGAAGAGAAGUCAGCUGCAGCAAAGAUUCUAUGUGGUGCAUCUUUGAGAAGUGGAUGGAACACUCAGGAACAUGUGGUGCGUGUUCUGGUCAAGCUUCUGUCUCCUCCUGUACCUCCCAACUAUAAUGGAGAAAGAAGUCACCUCGUUGAUUAUAUGCCGAUGCUGAGUGGCAUCCUUUAUGGAGCUUCUUCUGUUGAUACUGUUCACAUAUUUUCUUUGCACGGUGUGGUCCCCGAGGUUGCUGCUUCUUUGAUGCCACUUUGUGAGGUCUUUGGUUCGCUUGAACCUACUACAUUAAGCGCCAAGUCAAGCAAGGGUGAUGAUCCCUCCAUUUACAUGGUUUUUUCUUUAGCAUUUCUUUUUCUUCUUCGUCUAUGGAAGUUCUAUAGACCUCCUCUUGAGAACUGCAUUACGGAGCACACCAGAGCAGUUGGAGGUGAGCUUAGUCUGGAGUAUCUUCUGUUAUUGCAUAAUAGCCGCACUGCCUUUUUUCAGUAUGAAACAGACAGCAAUCCAGGUCGGAUUGAAAAUGCCUCUGAUAAUGGCAUAUACGUUCAUUCCUUCCCGAAAUUACAGACCUGGUAUUGGCAAAACAAGUCUUGUGUGGCUUCAACUCUUUCUGGCCUCUCUAGUGAAAGCCCUGUUCAUCAAGUUGCGAAUAAGAUCUUAAACAUGAUAUAUUUGAAAAUAACUAAAACUGGAUCUGCAUUGGGUAACUCUUCAAUAUCGUCCAGUAAUGGCUCCUUUACAAGCUCUGGAGAAGAUUCCUUUCAGAGACCCAUGCACCUUCCUGCCUGGGAGGUGUUAGAAGCUAUUCCUUUUGUUCUUGAGGCAAUUUUAACUGCUUGUGCUCAUGGAAGACUUUCCUCUCGCGACUUGACAACAGGCUUGAGAGAUCUUGUCGAAUUUCUGCCAGCAUCCCUUGCUGCUAUUAUUAGUUACUUCUCUGCAGAAAUUACUCGCGGUAUAUGGAAAUCAGUCCCAAUGAAUGGAAAUGAUUGGCCAAGUCCAGCACCGAUGCUUCCAUCGGUUCAGUCUGAAAUAAAAGAAAUACUUGCUGCUGUUGGCGUCAGUAUUCCAAGCUAUUUCUCUGAGGCUUCACAAAUAACGCUUCCACUGCCUAUGGCUGCUCUUGUGAGUUUAACUAUUACUUUUAAGCUAGACAAGAGUCUCGAUUACAUCCAUGCUGUUGCUGGACCAGCCUUAGAGAGUUGUGCCUCAAGUUGCCCUUUGCCUGGCAUGCCUAUUGUAGGCAGUCUUUGGGCCCAAAAGGUCCGGCGCUGGCAUGACUUCAUUGUUGUUUCAUGCUCGCGUUCUGUAUUCAGACACAAUAAAGAAUCUGUUGCCCAACUCCUUAGAAGUUGCUUCACCACAUAUCUUGGAUCACUCCAUGUUUUAACCCCAUCAUUGUCCAAUGAAAGUGGUGUGAAUGGUCUGCUGGGAUCCACCAUCUCAGAUCGCAGUGUUCGUCGUUUUCUUGCACCUGGAUUUCUUUACCUUCGCUCUUGGCAGUCAAUGCAGAAUGUCCUAUACAUCAACGUUGUGAUUGUAGAACUUGUUGCAGAGUAUGCUCGGACCUCAGCUCUGAGAUGGGCAACUGCAGAAUCUCCUCGCUUGAAAUCUAGCCAAGCAUCACUUUGCCUUGCCACUGCAAGGGCAAGGGAGGUGGCUACGCUUGGUGCAAGCCUUUUAUGUGUUGCAGGCGGGUUUCGGAUGGUACAGGAACUGUACAUGGAGACUAUCCCAACCUGGCUACUCUCGAGGAAGGAUAUGAAACAAGGGGAAGUGAGUGCUGUAUCCCGUGUAGUGGAAGGAUACGCCAUGGCAUAUCUAUUCCUUCUUUCAGGCUCUUUGCUGUGGAGUGUACAUGGAAAACUGCCAAAGUGGGUAUUAACAAAAAGAGUACGCAUCGUUGGGGUCCACAUGGACUUUCUGGCUGGGGUAUUGGAAGGAAAAAUAGCACUGGCUUGUCAUCCUGCCACUUGGAAAGCUUAUGUCUCUUGUUUAGUUGGCUUAAUGGUGAAUUUUGCUCCAGCAUGGAUUCAAGAACUGAAGCUAAAGACCUUGAGGACGUUGGCAAGCGGAUUGAGAGGAUGGCAUGAAUGCGAGUUGGCUCUCGCUCUUCUUGAAAGAGGUGGGGUUGCGGCCAUAGGCUCUGCUGCCGAAUUACUAAAUGUAAUUUGCUGAAUUCGAAUCUAGAAUGUAGAAUUGGAUCAUUGUUGUUACAAGAGAACACCCUCAAAGUUAGUUGCCUUUUUUCUCUCUUUUGUUUUUUGGUUUUGGUUUUGCUAAAUAUGUUUUUUCCCCCCUUACUUGCUUUGGCAAAGUGGUAUUUCCACUCGACAAGUUUCUUGAAGCUACGAGGCACGUGUUAAAAUAUAUUAGGAAGCUUAACAGGCCUGACAAACUUCGGUAACCCACUAGUAUAAACGGUUCAAAUGGUGAAAAUGCCAC